AUGCAGCGCGAGAUGAUGAAGGCAGAGCAGGCUAUCCUCGGCAGGUUCACCGACGCGCUGGCUUCCUACACGGGCUACGGCGGGGCGAUGAAAAACCUCCAAGGGGACAAGCUGUGGUACAACAACAUGUUAGGGAUCGGCGCCUACGGCGAGGCCGGCGCCGGAGAGACGGUGCCAAGCUGA